AUGGAAACGCCGGCUGUGGACCUAGAUAACAUCAUCGACCGCUUGCUGGAGGUAAGAGGCUCCAAACCCGGCCAGCAAGUGGAUCUAGAGGAGCACGAAAUAAGAUUUCUGUGCUCGAAGGCACGGUCCAUUUUCAUCAAACAACCGAUUCUCUUGGAGCUAGAGGCUCCCAUCAAGAUAUGUGGUGACAUCCAUGGGCAAUACUACGAUCUACUGCGUCUUUUCGAGUACGGCGGGUUCCCACCAGAAAGCAACUACCUUUUCCUGGGCGACUACGUCGACCGUGGAAAACAAUCGCUGGAAACGAUCUGUUUGUUGCUGGCAUACAAAAUCAAAUAUCCAGAGAACUUCUUCAUUCUCAGAGGCAACCACGAGUGUGCCUCCAUCAACCGUAUCUACGGCUUCUACGACGAGUGCAAGCGUCGCUACAACAUCAAGCUGUGGAAGACCUUCACCGACUGUUUCAACUGUCUACCCAUCGCGGCCAUAAUCGACGAAAAAAUCUUCUGCAUGCACGGUGGGUUGUCGCCAGAUCUCAAUACCAUGGAACAAAUCAGACGCGUAAUGCGCCCCACCGACAUCCCCGACGUAGGCUUGCUGUGCGAUCUGUUGUGGUCCGACCCCGAUAAAGACAUUGUUGGGUGGUCCGAAAACGAUCGCGGGGUGUCAUUUACGUUCGGACCGGACGUGGUGAGCCGUUUCCUACAAAAGCAAGAUAUGGAACUGAUCUGCAGAGCCCAUCAGGUGGUGGAAGACGGCUACGAGUUUUUCAGCAAACGUCAACUUGUAACCCUCUUCAGUGCGCCCAACUACUGCGGUGAGUUCGAUAAUGCCGGUGCAAUGAUGAGUGUGGACGAAAGUCUCCUGUGCUCCUUCCAGAUUUUGAAACCGGCACAAAAGACUCUGCCUCGGCCCCAGGGUAAAAAGAAGAAAUAA